AUGCGGUGGCGGCUGCCUGGUGCCCGGUCGACCCUACCCGCCAGCGUCGCACUCCUCCUCCUCCCAGUUCUUGUUGCUCCGCAGCAGCUGCAGGAACAGCCUCUUCACGAUGUCCCCGUUCCGUCCGCUGUUUCCGUCCCUCUAAGGCCGACGGCUCACGUUCCCGCAAACGCAAACGCUAACCCUUCCCCUCCCGCGUUGAACGUGAAAUCCAACGAUGCGAGCGCCCUAGCAACCCUGGCUCUGGCGGGCUCUGGCCGCGCCGUUCGAGCCCCUCCCAUCCAGGCCAGUAGCAGCAGUGCCUCUGCUGGUCUGGCUCCGCAGCUGCAUGCGCGGUCCUUGCAGGACUGGGAGGUUGAGGACUUUGUUCUGCUGGCGACCGUCGAUGGUACCAUUCACGCUCGAGACCGCAAGACCGGAGCUCCCCGCUGGGCCCUCGAGGUCCCGAGUAGCCCGAUGGUCGAGAGUUAUUACCAUCGAGCGAAUCGCUCGAGCUUCGACGAGGCCAAGCCAGAGGAUGACUUCAUCUGGAUCGUCGAACCGAGCCAGGAUGGCAGUCUCUAUAUAUUCAGUCCGGACCCGAAUGCCGGGUUGCAGCAGCUUGGGCUGACUGUGAAGGAGCUUGUUGAUGAGACGCCGUAUUCUGGGACCGAGCCGGCAGUUACAUAUACCGCCCGAAAGGAGACCACUCUUUAUACUAUCGAUGCGAGGACUGGUUCUAUACUGCGGGUAUUUAGCUCUAGAGGUCCGAUGCCCUCCGCACCGGAGUGCCGCAAGGUCGACGACUUCGAUGCCGAUGUGGAUGAGGAAUGCGAGUCUCCGUCUGGGACUCUAGUGUUGGGUCGUGUUGAGUACGCUGUGGCCAUCCAGAACACUGAAACCGGUGAUCCAAUUUGUACUCUGAAGUACUCCGAAUGGACCACCAAUAACCGUGACGUUGAUCUACAGAGUCAGUACUUUCGUACGAUGGAUCAAAGUCAUAUCUAUAGUAUGCAUGACGGGGUCGUUUUGGGAUUUGAUCAUUCCCACAUCGAGCGACCUCGCUACACGCAGCGGUUUUCCUCGCCUGUGGUGCGGGUGUUCGAUGUUGCUCGCCCGGUCAACAUUGACAACCCGGAAGCCCCGAAACCGCUUAUCCUUCUCUCUCAGCCUCUACAGCCUCCAGAUCCGGAUUAUGGCUCUCUCGAUGACCGCAAUGAUCUUGUCUUCAUCGACUACACUGAAGGCGGUGGUUGGUAUGCCAUGUCCGAGGAGACCUAUCCACUCGUUACUGGCCGCGCCAAGAUGGCCCAAUACUACGAGAAAGACUACUUCCGCCAUGGACAGCCGCUUAUGAGCCUGACACCAGAGCAACAGCGGGACGCACUUGCUGGUGUUCACGCUCUAAACUCCCCUCGUAUCCCUCGCCGUCAGAUUCCCAGCAUAUCUGGAUCAUCGUCCGCAGAGUUCUCAAACGGCACCCCUAGGGAGAUCAUUCGUAGCCCGUCCGAGCUAGCUCUACCACCGGCGCUUCGCCAUAGUACCAUUAUCCGCAAAAGUUGGGAUAAUGCCGCUGAUAUUGUCGUUAUGCUUAUCUUGCUCUUCUUCGCGCCCUUGUCUACUCCGUCAACGCCAAUUGUUAGCGGAUCUAUGAAACGAGAGUCAAGCACUGUCCGUGCAGUCAACGAUGUGACAGUCGACAUCAAAGUAGAUGGGCCGCCAGUUGACGGUGAGAUGACACCAAAGCCAGACAGGACACGAGACUCCGUCGAGCCUGAUGCCACCCCCCGAGUCCGUAUCCGUGAACCAUCACGCGGCCCAGAUGACGACAAAGACGUUGAAGAGCUCUCAUUGCAGGAUGGCGAGAAGAAGAAGAAGACGCGCAAACGUGGCAGCCGCGGAGGCAAGAGUCAUAGACGCGGGAAGAAGAAAAUUGAGAGUGAGAAAGAGGAAUCUGAUCACGCCCCUGGCACCUUGCAACCCCCGGCUGGGCCCGAUGCCGGGUUAGCUCUCACCCGCACUGCAUCUAAUGAGGUGUUUGAAGCGGACGGUGUCAUCCAGAUUGGCCGUUUGAAGGUCUUUACGGCUGACGUUCUGGGUCAUGGAAGCCACGGGACAGUUGUUUACCGCGGGUCGUUUGACGGCCGAGACGUCGCGGUCAAACGUAUGCUGGUGGAGUUCUAUGAUAUUGCAUCGCACGAAGUGGGAUUGUUGCAGGAAAGCGAUGAUCAUAACAACGUUAUCCGAUAUUAUUGCCGUGAGCAAGCCAAGGGUUUCUUCUACAUCGCCCUUGAACUGUGUCCGGCUUCUUUGCAGGAUGUGGUAGAACGACCAGACGCGUUCCCGCAGCUAGUCAAUGGUGGCUUGGAUAUGCCGGACGUCUUGCGUCAAAUUGUCGCCGGUGUCCGGUACCUACACUCUCUCAAAAUCGUACACCGUGACUUGAAGCCUCAAAAUAUCCUGGUCGCCGCUCCUCGAGGCCGUAUCGGUUCUCGGGCCAUCCGGCUUCUGAUUUCGGACUUUGGCUUGUGCAAGAAACUUGAGGAUAACCAGAGUUCAUUCAGGGCAACCACGGCCCAUGCUGCUGGUACGUCCGGGUGGAGGGCUCCCGAACUGCUUGUGGAUGACGACAAGAGCCCGGUAAUCCAGGGUUCAGAGUCUCAACAUACGGAGUCAUCUGAGCCGGCGGUCGUCGAUCCCCAGACGAAUCGACGAGCCACCCGAGCCAUUGAUAUCUUCUCCCUGGGAUGUGUCUUCUACUACGUCCUAACUCGAGGAUGUCAUCCUUUUGACAAGAAUGGCAAGUUCAUGCGCGAAGCAAAUAUCGUCAAGGGGAAUUUCAAUCUCGAUGAGUUACAGCGUCUAGGAGAGUAUGCGUUUGAAGCAGACGAUCUUAUCCGAUCAAUGUUGGCACUUGAUCCACGUCAACGCCCCGACGCAAGCGCUGUGUUAACCCAUCCUUUCUUCUGGAAUCCGUCCGACCGCCUUAGCUUCCUCUGUGACGUUUCGGACCACUUCGAGUUCGAACCGAGAGAUCCUCCAUCUGACGCUCUUCUGUGUCUAGAGUCUGUAGCCUCUGAUGUCAUUGGCCCUGAGAUGGACUUCCUCAAACUCCUGCCAAAGGACUUCAAAGACAGUCUCGGGAAGCAGCGAAAAUACACCGGCUCCAAAAUGCUGGACUUGAUGCGAGCCCUGCGGAACAAGCGCAACCACUACAAUGAUAUGCCGGAGCAUUUGAAAGCUCAUAUUGGUGGGCUGCCGGAGGGUUACUUGAAUUUCUGGACCGUGCGUUUCCCGAGUUUGCUGAUGAGUUGUCAUUGGGUGAUUGUUGAACUGGGAUUGACGAAGACGGAUCGGUUCAAGAGAUAUUUUACGCCAUUGGAGUAGGUUGUUGCGUACUGGUUCAGAAA